AGCUUUUAUUGUAAAAGUAUGUGGGAUAAGGCAACAGACCAAAAGCACUGACUUAUGACAGUAACUCAGUAGGAGGUCAACCUCUAGCUCAGAAGAGCUGACACAGCUUUGCCGGGCUUGUUGGUUUUGCUUUUUAACUAAGACAAGAGGCAGAAGGGAGAUACACCUGAGAGACAAAGAAAGUGGGAACAAAAGGUGUGGUGUUAGAUCGAAGCAAUGAAAGAGGAGGGAAGAAACCGAACUGACAGGUUUAGCCUUGGGGGAGGCAGUUCUGAAUUACUCUUUGUGUCUCUCAAACAACAUGGUUUCCGUUUUCUGCCAAAGCCUUGUGCAGAACUCUCAGCUUGCCCCCUACAAUUACCUCUCACUUGCCUGACUGCAAGAGGAUUCCACACUCGGGUUUGAAUGCGCUGAAGGUGCACAAUGUCCAGGAUGACUCAGGUGUUAAAGUUGCAGAGAUCCUGGUCCCUUUCUGAUGGUUCAGAAGACGGAUGGCCGACAGACCCUGAUCCAGAAGACCUGGAUUGGGAUAACUUUAGCAUGACUCUGGAGGAACAAUUGGCAGCUGAGCAGGAGAGCUUAUUGGAGACAGAACAGCGGUGCACCCAGCUGGGGAAAGUGAAACAGGAGCUCGAGUCCCAGGUGUCUAAGCUGAGUAAUCGCCUAGAAGAGGAAGAGUCUUGCACAGCUGAACUAGCCACGCACAAACAAAGACUAGAGACGGAGUGCUGCAACCUAAAACAGGACCUUGAGGAAUUAGAGGCUACCUUGACUGUCGUGAAGGAAGAGCAGACCUCAGGAGUAUACAUCCGGACACUGUCUGAGGAGUUGUUGCAAAGUGAUGAGGCUGCGAUAAACCUACAGAAAGAAAAAGAGCACCUGGAGGAACUCAAUCAGCAAACCUUUGAGAACCUACAAGCGGAGGAAGAAAAAGUGAACCUGUUAACCAAAGAAAAAGCAAAACUUCGGGUGCAAGCAGAGAAUUUAGAGUACCACCUAGAACAGGAGAAGAAGCACCGGACCGACUUGGAGAAAACCAAACGGAAGCUGGAAGGAGACAUCAAGAUGACCAUCGAAAAUCUGAACGAGAUGGAGAAACUAAAGACAGACCUUGAAGAAAUCAUUAAAAAGAAAGAUGUGGAGAUAAACACAAUGAACAACAAGCUGGAGGAGGAAGAAUCAACGAGCAUGAAUCUUCAGAAGAAAAACAAGGAAUUCCAGGUGCGUAUCGAGGAGUUAGAGGAGGAGCUGGAUGCAGAACGGGUCAUAAGAGCGAAGGUAGAGAAACAGCGCUCUGACCUGUCAAGGGAGCUGGAUGACCUCACUGACAGGCUGGAAGAGGCCGGAGGAGCCAUGGCUUCCCAGAUUGAGAUGAAUAAGAAGCGUGAGUCGGAGCUGCUGAGACUUCGCCGCGAGCUGGACGAAGCUGCCCUGCAAUCGGAGACCAUGGCAUCAGCUCUGCGCAAGAAGCACACUGAGGUGGUGGUGGACAUGACUGAGCAGUACGAGAGCCUGCAGAGGGUGCGCAUAAAACUGGAGAAGGACAAGCAGAACAUGAAACUGGAAAUAGAUGAUCUGUCAGCCACCGUAGACAAUAUGCAGAAAGCCAAGGUCUCUAGUGAUAUCCAAAUGAGGAAACUAGAAGAUUUACUUGCAGAAUCAAAUUCUAGGAAUGAAGAACUGCAAAAGGGGCUCAAUGAACUGAACCUCGCCAAAACAAGGCUCACAGCUGAAAAUAAUGAACUUGGCAAUCAACUGGAGAAAGUGGAAAAUAGAGCCAGUCAUACCAAUAGGACAAAGGCCCUGCUGAUAGCACAGAGUGAAGACCUGAAGAAGCAACUGGAAGAAGAGAAUAAGUCAAAGAGUACACUGGGAAGCAGCCUUUCCAAUCUUAGCCACGAAUGUGAAAAGUUAAGGGAGCAACUGGAAGAAGAGCAGGAGAGCAAACUGGAGCUCCAGAGACUAGUCUCCAAACUCAACAGCGAGGUGACCCACUGGAGGAACCGCUACGAGGCUGACGCCAUUCAGCGCACCGAUGAGCUUGAGGAGGCCAAGAAAAAACUUUCAUCACGUCUGCAGGUGGCAGAGGAAGCUGUGGAGGCCUCCCAGUCAAAGUGCUCUAGCCUGGAGAAAACCAAGCAGCGACUGCAGGGAGAAGUUGAGGAUCUCUGCAUUGAUCUGGAAAAGGCCAAUGCUACAGCAGGAGCUCUGGACAAGAAGCAGCGUGUGAUGGAGAAACAGCUGUCAGACUGGCGUCAGAAAUGCGAGGAGAUGAUGGCUGAGAUGGAAGGGUGCCAGAAGGAGAGCCGCCAACAUGCCACCGACCUCUUCAAACUGAAAACUGCGUACGAAGAGGCCAUUGAGCAAGUGGAGGUUUUAAAGAGGGAAAACAAAGCACUGCAAGAGGAGAUCACUGACCUUACAGACCAGCUGGGAGAAGGCAGCAGAAGUAUCCAUGAGCUUCAAAAGUCCAAGAAGAGAAUGGAGAUGGAGAAGGAUGAGCUCCAAGCAGCUUUGGAGGAGUCUGAGGCAGCCUUAGAGGCUGAAGAAACCAAAGUAGUGCGACUGCAGGUAGAAUUGACGCAGACAAAGUCUGAUAUAGAUCGGAGGAUCCAAGAGAAGGAGGAGGAGCUUGAAGCUUUGAGGAAAAAUCACCUCCGAGCACUAGACUCACUACAAGCCAGUCUUGAUGCUGAAAUAAAGGGCCGAACUGAGGCCGUGCGAAUGAAGAAAAAGCUGGAAGGAGACGUCAACGAGGUGGAGAUCCAGCUGGACUUGGUUAAUAAGAAUAAUGGAGACCUGCUGAAAACCAUCAAGAAAAUGCAGCAGCAGAUAAAGGACUUGCAGACACAGAUCGAGGAUGAGUCCAGACAGCAAGAAGAGGUGAGAGAACAGUACAACUUGAUGGAGAGACGCUGCAACCUUCUGGCAACUGAGAUGGAGGAAACUCGGACUAGCGUGGACGCCUCUCAGCGGGCCUGCAAGAUCUUAGAGCAGGAGCUGAUUGAAAUGAACGAUACGUACAACGAACUGAACAGUCAGUUCCAGUCAGUGACAAAUUUGAAAAGAAAGCUGGAAGCAGACUUGCAGCAGCUAAAUACAGAGCAUGAAGAACUGCACAAUGAGGUCAGAGCUGCCGAAGAAAAAGCGAAAAAAGCCACAUCUGAGGCUGCAAGGAUGUCAGAGGAACUCCGUCAGGAGCAAGACCACACCCUUCACCUGGAGAGAGUCAAGAAAGGACUGGAGAUGCAGAUCAAGGACCUGAACACCAGACUGGAGGAGGCUGAGCAGCUGACCAUGAAGGGAGGCAAGAAAAUCAUUCAGAAACUGGAAGGAAAAGUGAAGGAGUUGGAGCUGGAGCUGGAUGGUGAACAGAAGCGCCAUGCGGAGAGUGUGAAGACCCUGAGGAAGAACGAGCGGCGCCUCAAGGAGCUGGUGUUCCAGGCGGAGGAGGACCAGAAGAACCAGCAGAGGAUGCAGGAGCUGGUGGAGAGGCUGCAGAACAAACUUAAGGCCUACAAGCGACAAGUGGAGGAGGCUGUGAGUAAUGCUAUGUUACACUUGGCCAAAUACAGGAACUCGGUCCACAUGUUGAAUGCAAAGGAGAGAGCUGACAUCGCAGAGACAGCUCUGACAAAGAUCAGAACCAAGAACAGAGCCAGCUUCGGCAAAGGAUACUCUUCAGGCUACAGUACUCCCUUUGCCAACAUUGUCCGAUCCCCAAGCUCUGCGGGCUCUGAGGGAAGAGGAGAAAAGAUAAUGAAUGAUGAGGACACAGCUUCUCUGAUCCCAGCCUAUUUGAACUCCCUGAAGAAACUCAUGAUCGAAUAAUAGAAGAUGUAAUAAUAUAUUGAAAUUGAAAUAUUACAGAAUCUAAACAGCACUAUAGGAAGAAUAACCACACUUGUUUAGUUAGAGAUACAAACUGACUUUACUUCUGUUUGACGGAACGGUGGUCCCUAAUUCACAACUGCCCGGGGUUUUAUUCUAAAUGUCACCUUGUAUUGCAAGUAACCAGUUAUUAAAGUGUCACAUUACCUUUAAGUUAGUUGGCAAAUAAUUUCCAAUUAAAUCUUCUUAGUUUUCUUUAAUGUUCCUUUACUUUUGUUAUUGUAUUAGUAUGAGUUCAAAAGCUGCUGCUCAGUUUUAGUUGCCUGACAGAGACAUGUGCAGUCUAGGCUAGAUCAGCGCCAUCUAGUGUUUUACCUAUCUACAGCAUGCAACUGGAAUUGAAGAGCAGCUCCUGAACUCAUAGUCAGAGCAUGUUAACACGUCUGACACUUCAAAAAUAGUAUUUGAGCUAUUGCAAUAAGAACAUAAAUAAGAAAGAACAUGUAAAGCUACUUGAAGAUGCUUUGAGUCACAGACGAGUGUGUGCUGCUUUAUGUGCGCUGGCAAGCUGCUGACCUGGUUUAAACACAAACCAGGAUAGAGAGUAGUCCCUGAGAACUGAAUUUGGGAACCAUUGUCGCUUAACAGAUUUUAAGCCAGGAUUUAAUAAUACUGCUUCUAACAAAUCAGCAAUAUCAUAUUGGAACCGCAUAUUCAUGGUUCCUCUUAUUAGGGUUUAAAGCCCCCACUUGAACACAAUACUUCAGUGUGGAAUAAUGGGUUCUCUUUGUGUUUUUUUUUUGUUCUUUACUAAGCAAUGCAUUUGGUCAUGGAACACACAGGUGGCAUAGAGGUGGUCUCAUUGCCUUUUUAAUAUAUAUUUUUUUAGUGUAUGGUAAUGGUGAGUUAAGAUUCUUCCUUGAAAAAAUUCCACAUUCCGUUAAAAAUCCCAUUAAAAAAAAUUAACUUAAAGGAAAAGUAUUUUAGCUACUACAUGCUGGGCAUCUAAUGUACAGUAUAGCUUUUUAGGCCCUAUUCAAUUUUGAUCUCUAAAGAAGGUUUGGAGUUAAUGCGCAUGCUUUUAAAACACUUGUUAAUCUAAGCACAUAUACAAAACUCUAAGGAAACCAUCUUGAAAUAGUUAAAGUGAGUCGUGCUUUAUACCUCUUAGAUACAGAAAUUAAAUUAAGCAUUAUCCGCAGGCUU